ACUUCACAAAACCUUCCCUGCCAUUCACGCCACCACUUCCCAGCAUCCUUCCUCCUUCACCGGUCAUCUUCCUUUCAUUCAACUUCCUCCGUUCAUCGCCGCUCGCCUAAGGAGUUAAAGGCAAGGCAAGAUGGUUCUAGCGCAGUUAGGGGGGAGCAUUUCGCGUGCUCUCCAGCAGAUGAGCAAUGCCACGGUGAUCGACGAGAAGGUCCUCAACGAAUGCCUCAAGGAGAUCACUCGAGCUCUUCUUCAAUCCGAUGUUCAAUUCAAGCUCGUCGCCGACAUGCAGACCAACAUCAAGAAGAUUGUCAACCUUGACCAUCUCGCCGCCGGUCACGACAAACGCAAGAUCAUCCAACAAGCUGUGUUUAAUGAGCUCUGCAAAAUGCUGGAUCCUGGGAAGCCCUCUUUCGCUCCCAAGAAAGGAAAUACAAGUGUGGUCAUGUUCGUUGGUUUACAAGGUUCUGGAAAAACUACAACCUGUACAAAAUAUGCACAUUAUCAUCAGAAGAAAGGAUGGAAGCCAGCUCUAGUUUGUGCAGAUACAUUCAGAGCUGGUGCAUUUGAUCAAUUGAAGCAAAAUGCCGCUAAAGCUAAGAUCCCUUUCUACGGAAGCUAUAUGGAGUCAGAUCCUGUGAAAAUUGCUGUGGAAGGUGUGGAGAGAUUCAAGAAAGAAAACUGUGAUCUUAUAAUUGUUGAUACAAGUGGGCGGCACAAACAAGAAGCUGCUCUUUUUGAAGAAAUGCGCCAAAUUUCGGAAGCAACGAACCCAGAUCUUGUUAUAUUUGUUAUGGAUAGCAGUAUUGGCCAGGCUGCUUUUGAUCAGGCCCAAGCAUUUAAACAGAGUGUCGCAGUUGGAGCUGUAAUUGUUACCAAAAUGGAUGGCCAUGCCAAGGGUGGUGGUGCUCUUAGCGCUGUUGCAGCAACAAAGAGUCCUGUCAUAUUCAUUGGAACUGGAGAACAUAUGGAUGAGGUUGAAGUUUUUGAUGUUAAGCCGUUCGUUAGUCGUCUAUUAGGCAUGGGUGACUUGUCUGGGCUUAUGGACAAAAUUCAUGGAGUUGUUCCUAGGGAUCAACAGCCUGAACUGCUUGAGAAGCUGUCAGAAGGACACUUCACAUUGAGGAUGAUGUAUGAGCAGUUUCAGAACAUACUUAAAAUGGGUCCUCUAAACCAGGUGUUUUCUAUGCUUCCAGGAUUUAGUGCUGAACUAAUGCCCAAAGGCAGUGAGAAAGAAGGCCAGGCAAAAAUUAAGCGUUACAUGACAAUGAUGGAUUCAAUGACAAACAAAGAGUUGGAUAGUUCAAACCCAAAGCUCAUGAAUGAGUCACGUAUUUUGCGAAUAGCUCGAGGUUCUGGUCAUCAAGUUAGGGAAGUGAUGGAGAUGUUGGAAGAAUACAAGCGUUUGACAAAGAUGAUAUGGAGCAAAAUGAAAGGGCUCAAGACAUCAAAGAAGGGUGAUAUGAGUGCCCUGUCGAGAAAUAUGAAUGCUCAGCAAAUCAUGAACUUGAUGAAGCAGAUGGGAUCUACAAAAGACAUGAUGGGAAGGUUUGGCGGUGGUGGUAAUUAGUUUAUUGGGCAGGACAUAUGAGCUGAGUGGAGUGGUGCUAAAAUAAACCACUACUGCUUCAGAACCAGACUCUGUGAGCAGGCUAAGCAGUUCAAUAGGUGCUAGAUAGGCUCUGCAUAAUUUUUUUUUGUAAUGUUGAAUUCAGUUCAAUAGGUGCUUAAAUAAACCACUACUGCUAUAUCUUUUUUUGUAAUGUUGAAUUCUUUUCCUUUUCUAUAUAUUUACUUAUUAUUUAUA